UCCAUUAAAAACUAAAGAGCUUUGAAGAACAUUCUGAAGAUUGUAUAGGAGACAAUAUAUCAAGAAUCUGUUUGUUGCAUUGUUCUAGAACAAAAGUCAAGAGCUCCCUAAUGUAGCACUUCAGUGUUUUGGAGAGCAAAUCUACACAUUUUUUUAAACAACCAUAAAAUAGCUUAGUGAAAAAUCUAUUUGGAAGAUGUCACUGAACAACUCUUCCAAUGUAUUUCUGGAUUCCACGCCCAGUAAUACCAAUCGCUUUCAAGUUAAUGUCAUAAGCGAGACUGAGAGCAGCGCAGCUGUGAAUGACAACGCUGACCCUCCGCAUUAUGAGGAAACCUCUUUUGGGGAUGAAGGCCAGAACAGGUUUAGAAUCAGCUUCAGGCCUGGGAAUCAGGAGUGCUACGACAAUUUCCUCCAAACUGGGGAAACGGCUAAAACAGAUGCCAGUUUUCACGCUUACGAUUCUCACACAAACACAUACUACCUACAAACCUUUGGCCACAACACUGUGGAUGCUGUGCCCAAGAUCGAGUACUAUCGCAACACCGGCAGUGUUAGCGGGCCCAAGGUCAACCGUCCCAGCCUGCUGGACAUUCACGAGCAACUUGCAAAGAAUGUAUCAGUGGCCCCAGGUUCAGCUGAUGUGGUUGCUAACGGUGAAGGGACACCUGGAGAUGAACAAGCUGAAAACAAGGGAGAAGAUCAAGCUGGUGCUGUGAAGUUUGGAUGGGUGAAAGGUGUGCUGGUACGAUGUAUGCUGAAUAUCUGGGGUGUCAUGCUCUUCAUUCGCCUCUCCUGGAUUGUUGGAGAAGCUGGAAUCGGUCUUGGAGUUCUCAUAAUUCUUCUUUCCACCAUGGUCACUUCUAUUACUGGGUUGUCAACUUCUGCAAUAGCAACUAACGGGUUUGUUCGUGGAGGUGGGGCCUACUAUCUUAUUUCCAGAAGCUUAGGGCCUGAGUUUGGUGGAUCUAUAGGCUUGAUCUUUGCUUUUGCCAACGCAGUGGCUGUUGCUAUGUAUGUGGUGGGAUUUGCUGAGACUGUGGUAGAUCUUCUUAAGGAGAGUGAUUCAAUGAUGGUGGAUCCAACCAAUGACAUCCGGAUCAUAGGCUCCAUCACAGUGGUGAUUCUUUUAGGAAUUUCAGUAGCUGGAAUGGAAUGGGAAGCAAAGGCUCAAGUGAUUCUUCUGAUCAUUCUUCUCAUUGCUAUCGCAAACUUCUUCAUUGGAACUGUCAUUCCAUCCAACAAUGAGAAAAGGGCCAGAGGUUUCUUUAAUUACCAAGCAUCAAUAUUUGCAGAAAAUUUUGGGCCAAGCUUCACCAAAGGUGAAGGCUUCUUCUCUGUCUUUGCCAUUUUUUUCCCAGCAGCAACUGGGAUCCUAGCUGGUGCCAAUAUCUCGGGAGAUUUGGAGGAUCCCCAAGAUGCCAUCCCCAAAGGAACCAUGCUGGCCAUCUUCAUCACCACGGUCGCCUACAUAGGAGUAGCCAUUUGCGUGGGGGCUUGUGUGGUCCGAGAUGCCACUGGGAGCGUGAAUGACACCAUCAUUUCUGGGAUGAACUGCAAUGGUUCAGCAGCCUGUGGGUUAGGCUAUGACUUCUCAAGAUGUCGACAUGAACCGUGUCAGUAUGGGCUGAUGAACAAUUUCCAGGUCAUGAGCAUGGUAUCAGGGUUCGGCCCCCUCAUCACUGCUGGGAUCUUUUCUGCAACGCUCUCCUCGGCCCUGGCCUCCCUCGUCAGCGCGCCCAAAGUGUUCCAGGCUCUGUGCAAGGACAACAUCUACAAAGCUCUGCAGUUCUUUGCAAAGGGAUAUGGGAAGAACAAUGAGCCCCUGAGAGGAUACUUUCUUACUUUUGUUAUAGCCAUGGCGUUCAUUCUUAUUGCGGAACUGAACACCAUCGCUCCCAUCAUCUCCAACUUUUUCCUGGCCUCAUAUGCACUUAUUAACUUCUCCUGCUUUCAUGCCUCUUACGCCAAAUCUCCAGGAUGGAGACCUGCAUAUGGUAUUUACAACAUGUGGGUGUCUCUCUUUGGAGCUGUUUUGUGCUGUGCGGUCAUGUUUGUCAUCAACUGGUGGGCGGCUGUCAUCACCUAUGUCAUUGAGUUCUUCCUCUAUAUAUACGUGACUUACAAGAAGCCAGAUGUGAACUGGGGCUCCUCCACGCAGGCUCUUUCCUACGUGAGUGCUUUAGACAAUGCUCUAGAGCUAACUACAGUGGAAGACCAUGUGAAAAACUUCAGGCCCCAGUGCAUCGUCUUAACAGGGGGACCCAUGACAAGACCUGCUCUCUUGGAUAUAGCUCAUGCCUUUACCAAGAACAGUGGCCUUUGCAUCUGCUGUGAAGUCUUUGUGGGACCGCGCAAGCUGUGUGUUAAAGAGAUGAACAGUGGCAUGGCAAAAAAGCAGGCCUGGCUUAUAAAGAACAAAAUCAAGGCAUUUUAUGCAGCAGUGGCAGCAGAUUGUUUCAGGGAUGGUGUCCGAAGUCUCCUUCAGGCCUCGGGCUUAGGAAGAAUGAAACCAAACACUCUGGUGAUUGGAUAUAAAAAAAACUGGAGGAAGGCUCCCCUGACAGAGAUUGAAAACUACGUGGGAAUCAUACAUGAUGCGUUUGAUUUUGAGAUUGGUGUUGUCAUAGUCAGAAUCAGCCAAGGGUUUGACAUCUCCCAGGUUCUUCAGGUGCAAGAGGAAUUAGAGAGAUUAGAACAGGAGCGGCUGGCUCUGGAAGCCACCAUCAAAGACAAUGAAAGUGAAGAAGGAAAUGGAGGCAUCCGAGGCUUGUUUAAAAAAGCUGGCAAGCUGAACAUUACUAAGCCAACUCCUAAGAAAGAUAGUGGCAUUAACACAAUCCAGUCAAUGCACAUUGGGGAGUUCAACCAGAAACUGGUGGAAGCCAGCACCCAAUUUAAAAAGAAGCAGGGAAAAGGCACAAUUGAUGUUUGGUGGUUGUUUGAUGACGGAGGGUUAACACUCCUUAUCCCCUAUAUCUUGACUCUCAGAAAAAAAUGGAAAGACUGUAAAUUAAGAAUCUAUGUUGGAGGGAAGAUCAAUCGCAUUGAAGAAGAAAAAAUUGCAAUGGCUUCCCUUCUGAGCAAAUUUAGGAUAAAAUUUGCAGACAUCCAUGUCAUUGGUGACAUCAACGUUAAGCCAAACAAAGAAAGCUGGAAAGUCUUUGAAGAAAUGAUUGAACCAUAUCGUCUCCAUGAAAGCUGUAAAGAUUUAACAACUGCUGAGAAAUUAAAGAGAGAAACUCCGUGGAAAAUUACAGAUGCAGAACUGGAAGCAGUCAAGGAAAAGAGUUACCGCCAAGUUCGACUGAAUGAACUCUUACAGGAGCACUCAAGAGCUGCUAAUCUCAUAGUCCUGAGCCUUCCAGUGGCAAGGAAAGGAUCUAUAUCAGAUUGGUUGUACAUGGCUUGGUUGGAAAUCCUCACAAAGAACCUCCCUCCUGUCUUACUAGUUAGAGGAAAUCACAAAAAUGUCCUGACAUUUUACUCUUAAAAGAUCUUUAUCCUUAAGGAUAAAGGAUUAGAACACGUUUUAAUUUAAUGUAUGAAUAAUUAGGAAACAAGUUCCAGUACUUUAUGUUAUAAAUGUGAUCCGUGGAUAUUCAAACCUAGAAGACUAUCCUAUAGGGUUCCAAGUAAAUUUUGCCAUUUUUAAAUUAUUACUUAAUGGGAACUAUUUUUAAAAUCAGUUUAAGGGAGUGUCAAAGCCAAUGCUACCCUUAGAAAAACAUCUUGUCAAUGCUAUUUAAAAACAUGAAAAUUAAGCAAACAUAUGCUGGCUUAUUAUGCCCAUGAAAACUCAACUUAUUGUAAGCUUUUCCAGGCACACCUAAUCUUUUGUUUGCUUCUAGGGCCUGGUAGUGGCCUCAGCCCCACAGCAGUUUCUCAUUAAAUGCUUAUUGACAGGCUGGUAUAGUAACCAUGGGUGGUUAUCAAAGGAAAAGACCAACUGGGCAGGAAACAUGAUUAUACUUGGUCUUCUGAGAAGCUUACACUCACAAAGAAGAUUUGAAAAUCAAUAACUAAAAACUUUAAGAGGUAACCUGAGUCUCCACAAUGUUUAAAACACUUACCUAAGUAAGGUUAUUUAAUAUAACAGAUUAUAUACUGAGAGUGAUCUGAGCAAUUGCUGAUAACAUACAGCUUCAAUUUGGGGCUGACUGACAAAUAUAUUAGCUGAAAGAGGAAGCAAAAUAUAUUCUGAUUAAAUAUGCAAUAUAUUCUGUUCUUAAUGUAUAAAUUUUAAUUGCUUUCCCCACUAAAUACUUAGACAUUUUAUUACUUUGAAUAUUUUUUUCUAAUUAAGUGGUUAGCAUAGAUGAAGUCUUCAUAGAUGUCUAAUUGGAAAUCAAAUAUCACACAUUUUCAAACUGCUGUAAAGAAAUAUAUCCUGAAUCAUAUUUUUAGUUACUUUAUAUAAUGAUUAUAGAGAAUUAAAAGAUAAUUAAAAUUUGAUGUAGAAAAAUUUGCAAAUUUGGAAUAUAUAAGUAUUGAUUUUUUUUAUUUGUUAGUAUUCAUACAAUACUUAAUCACAUUAAAAACUACCAAAAUUUUUUUCUGAUGGAUGUGUUGAUUAUUUUUCCCUGACAUAUUGUGGCUGUUUAUUAUAACUGAUAAAAAAUAUGAGGGAGAAAAAGUCAACCUGAAAUAAAAGCACUCAAAUUUG